AUGACGGACGAAUUAGUUCCUAAUCGGUGUCGAUACAUAUGCCCACGAAAACAACGGCAAUGUAAAAUGUCACCGUCUACUUCACUGUCUUUGUAUUGUAUGGAACAUUUACUAUUCGAUCCGGAUUUGGAUGAGGCUACUAAAGAAUCUUUACGUAUUCCUUGUCCAUUAAAUCCUCAACAUUCAAUUUCACCACAUGAUCUUCAACGACAUAUACGCAAAUGUAAUCAACGUCCUCGCAUUCUUGGUCCAUUUCAUCGACCUAAUUGUAAUUCUGGACUUGAAUGUGAUAAUCAUGACGAUUAUUCAACAAUCUUACAAGACAUAACUGAUGAAGAACUUCAAGCAUUUAUAAUUCGUAUGGAAGCAAUUCAUGAUAACUUUGUUAAAGAACCUGUAGGCAAUGCUCAAACAAAUUUCGAUUGUUAUUUACCACAUGUGAAUGUCGAUGAACUUGGAAAUCGUUCACGUAAACAUUUACAACAAAUUGGAUCAAUCAUAGCUAGUUUAGUUCAAUUAAACCUUCUUCAAGCUAAUACAUGUUUUGUUGAAAUGGGCGCUGGACGAGGCCAAUUAUCUCAUGAACUUCAUGCUUGUGUUAAACAAGAAUCCACUGUUCAAUUUGUACUUAUUGAACGUGAUCAUCAACGUUAUCGUUUUGAUGCACACCAUCGUCGUGACCAUCAAGGUCCAUCAUUUGAACGUUAUCGACUUGAUAUUCGUGAUCUUUAUUUAGCUGAAUUACCUUCGAUAAAGAAUAGUCAAUCUGAAAAACACACUGUUAUUAUUAGUAAACAUUUGUGUGGAGGCGCAACGGAUCUCGCUUUACGUUGUGCUGUUGAUGCACAACGCAAUAGUCAAAGUAUUCAAGCAAUUAUUAUUGCUUUAUGUUGUCAUCAUCGUUUAUUAUGGAAGGAUUAUGCUGGCAAAGAAUUUUUUCGUCGACUAAAUUUAACACCUAAAGAUUUCUCAUUGAUACGAACAUUGACAUCAUGGGGUACAUGUGAGAAUCGUCAUAGAAUGACACAAGAUGGAAAACGAUCAACAAUGGAUGGUAUUUCUUUGCAGUCGUCUACUUCAACAUCUACCGAUCGAUCAACAUAUUCCAAACAGCGUUUAUUUUCUGUUGAAGAACAAGAAAAUAUUGGUUUGAAAGCAAAACGAAUUUUAGAUUGGGGUCGAAUUGAAUACUUGGAUGAAAAUGGAUUUAGCGCUCAUCUUAAAGUAUAUGUAUCGAAAAGUAUUACACUUGAAAACAUUGCGUUAAUUGCUACGUCAUUGACAAAUUAA